AUGCCGCGGAUCAGUCGCUCCGUCAACUUUUCAUUCUCCAAUGAGAGGUCCAAAGUCUCCGUAAGCUCGUCGACAUCAAUGCCUCCACUACACUCCGAGCGCUUGUUGCUUUUGUUGCGCUUGCCCAUCGUCAAGGCGCGAGAUGACUGUGAGGACCAGUUGAGAACGUGAAGAGCAGCUGAGCAAUCUUAAAGAUCCUGUAUUGUUUGGUCUGACAAGGGCGUGUGGGGAAGGAAUGUUUGGAUGUCGGAUUCUUGACUCGUGAUUUUGAAUGUAGAAGCGUGGAAGGUCAUCUCAGACAGACAAGGAAGGUAGGGAGCGCGAGCAAUCAGGGUGUGUGUAUGCUACACGAUCGACUCGCACAUGCGCUGCCUCCCUGACCAGCAGGCUUUCCUCGCGUGCUGAAGCUACCGGUCACUGUCGGAGACUCGCUGAAGAAGACGCAAAACUAA